AUCCGAAGAAACCGGCCCCAAUUUAGCAGAGAGCAAGGCUAUCUAAGCCUCCAGUUCCCCCGCCAUCAUCGAUGAGGGAAUUCGCACAGCCUUGUAGAAAAUCCCCUCGCCAUUCCGCGCCCGGAUGCGAGUGAUUGCCCAUCACUCAGAUGGAGCCAUCUAAACUGGACAUACCAGACCUGCAACUACAGUCCUUAGCAGUCGACUUCAUUGACAAUCGCCUCGACAAGUAUCACCCCGCAUUUUCAACGCCUCCCGCCCGCUACGACCCGGCCCGUGGCAGCUUCAUGCCAGUGCUCACACCGCGGCCGGACACCACUAUGCAGUCGCAACAGCAGAAGAAGCAGCAGCAGCCUUCCACCACGCCGCAAGCAGACGAUGUCCAACUUAUUCCAAGACCACGCGCAGAACCUGCUAAGGCCUUGAAAUUUUGGGACUCCCUCUUUGUCCGUGCUAUGAACAAGUUCACGGCGGGCCCGGACGCUGCAAAGGAGCCGAGCGGCCGGGCUGAGGCGGGAUAUAGCAUCCGGGACAAGAAAGAUUGGACCGCCGUUUUUGAUACAUUGCAAGAGGCUAAGCAAUGCUAUUUCCAGAAGAAGGGCAUAAAAGGCACUUUCAGAAGGGUAUAUCGCUCAAUAGCUGAUUUUGGCGCUCCCGUUCUCCUAGACGUAACCAAGCUUGUGCCAGAGACGGGCUGUUUGUUCGUAACACCGGUCGUGGGAUCUAUCCAGAUUGUUCUAGAGGCAGUCAAGAAAGCCGCGGAAGUCAGAAAGGCCAUGGACGGCGCAUUCGAUAAUAUUGAUAUGAAGUUUCAGGAUAUUGAGCUUUUCCUCCAGACUUUUCCAGACGAUGAUAAUAUCGACGAAGCCUCGAUCGAUCUAAUUGUGGCCGCAUUCGCCGCGAUUGAGUCUGUCAUUGGGUUUCUCAUCCAGUCUAUUCUAAAACGAAUAGGUGGCUCCAUCCUCAAGAGGGGCGACUAUGAGAAAGAGGCCCUUGACACGCUGGAAACAGUUCAGUCUAAGAGCAACCUGCUUAAUAGCCAGGCGAAUAAUUCAGAGAAGUGGAUGGUUAGGCAAGGAUUCCAGGCGGUGUUCAAAGAAACGGGUCAUAUCAAGGACAUGUUCCUGUCAGUGCUGGACCCUUUACUAGACCAACUAAACGCUACCAGAGAGGAACUGGCGGCCACCCAAAAAACCAACAGGGAAGAUCGAGCUGUUUAUCUCGGCAUUAUUUCCACACUCUCGCGCCCAGCUUCGCCAAACCCUCCGCCAUAUGACAGUACCGUGGAGCCAGAGCAAUUUAUAGGACCGCAAGAACUUCUCGAUUGGAUCGACGUUCCCGACGCCGCAAGUGAAGACCGGAAGCUCAUCAACGAAAGGUGGCAAAUGAGGGUGCCUCUCAACGAGCAAGCCCAGGCCGAGCAGCUCAUCCGCUCAACCCAGUUCAAAGACUGGGUCGUGGCCGGUACAUCCUCCCAGCUGCUCAUACACGGCGAGUACGACGGCCAACGCUACGUCUCCGGGCUCUCGCUCUUCUGCUCUUCCUUCGCGCAGUCCCUCGAGGCCAGGGCUCCACGUUUCAUCCCCCUCAUAUUCUUUUGCGGUCUGCAUACGGAUCCCGACAUGGAUAGGCACACCGGUGGCCGCGCGGUGAUCCAGAACUUCAUCUGCCAGCUGCUGUGCCAAUUCGACUUCGACACGCGGUCGUUUGCGAGCGAGAAGCUGGACGAGCACCUCAUCCAGCUGGGCGACAUCGACGAGCUGUGCAGGCUCUUCCAGUGGCUUGUUGGGAAGCUGCCACAGUCGGUCGUGCUGUUCUGCGUGAUUGAUGGCGUGGGGUACUAUGAGAGGGAGGAGUUUGAGCACGAUAUUGGCUUUGUUGUUGAGAAGCUGUUGAGGAUUUCGGCGGAGAAGAAAACACAGGCCGGAGUCAAGAUUCUUCUUACGAGCUCGAACAGGACUACUUACAUCCGGCAGCCAUUUCCGGAUGAAUUGGUUUUGUCUAUAGAGUCUUUGGCUCGAGCAAACAUGGUGCCUAGCAAAUCGAGGCUCGAACGGCAGCUGGGGGAAUCGCAGCCGAUGUAAGAUAUUUCUUUAAGAAUAGGUAAUUUUAGUAG